GCGGCCUCGGCCGGGACUGAGGAGGGGAAAUCGCUCUUUUGGCAAACUCCCAGCCACCAAGAGGUCCUCUCGGCUUCCACGGACAGGGGGUGGAAGCCUCCAAGGCAGCAGAGCCACCACGCAGGGGACAGCAGCUCCUGGCAGCGAGUGACAGCCAGCCUGGAUGGCCGGGGACACGGGGAUGGCCAGAAAGGUGGCACUGCUCCUGUGGGCCCAGACCCUCGGCCUCUCUGGCACCCAGACCACCCAGCUCCUGGUGCAGCCCCCCUGGACACCAGCAGUGCUGUGGGACCAGGUGACACUGACCUGCCAGGGCUUGGGGACCACCGGUGCCACCACCUGGUACAAGGAUGGGCAGCAGUGGGAGCAGAACAGACGAGACUAUGUCACUGUCACCGAGAGUGGCACCUACACCUGUGACAGACCCGCCAGUGGACGCAGCCCCCCCGUGACAAUCUUAGAUGACCGGCUGGUGCUGCAGGUGCCAGCACGGCCACUGCUGGAGGGGGACACGGUGACACUGCGCUGCCGGGUCAGGCAGGUCCUGUCGGUCAGCACGGUGAGAUUUUACCAAGACGAGAAGGAUUUGGGGGGGUCCCUCAGAGGGACCGAGCUGUCCCUGCCCCCCCUGCAGCUGCACCACAGUGGCCGCUACCACUGCAGGGGCUCGGUGAACUUGUGGCAGUCACAGUCAGCGCCGGUGACAGUGACAGUGCACGAGCUCUUCUCGGUGCCAGUGCUGGAGGGUCCCCCUGAAGUCACCGAGGGGUCCCCCCUCAAUCUCAGCUGCCGCAGCACCCCCAGCCCCCUGCGGCCCGGAGCCCCCCUUCUGCACCUCUUCUACCGGGACGGGCAGUUGGUGGGGGGCCCACAGUGGUCUCGAGAGCUCUUGGUGCCCGCCGUGGGGGUCUCCCACUCGGGGAAUUACAGCUGCCAGGUGCGCUCUGAGGGGGGGACCGUGCAGAAGAGCAGCGCCCGGCUCGGCAUCACGGUGCGCAGGGUUCCACUCUCAGGUGUGUCCCUGCUUACUCAGCCCCCUGGGGGACAGGUGGCACUGGGGGACCGCCUCGUGCUGAGCUGCGCAGUGGCCGCAGGGACAGGUCCCCUGUCCUUCACCUGGCACCGGGGGGGCUCGGGGGCACCGCUGAGCUCUGGCCCCCACCUGGAGCUGUGGAACAUUGGGGACAGUGACAGCGGCCACUAUCACUGCCGGGUCAGCGAUGGCAACAGCGUAGCCGAGAGUGUCCCCCUGAAUGUCACUGUCCUGGUUCCUGUGGCCAAUGCCACCAUCACCCCUGGUCCCCUGUCACACCAGGUGCACACAGGUGACCCCGUGACCCUGCGCUGCUCGGUGCAGGUGGGCUCAGCCCCUGUCACCUUCACCUGGCUGCACAAUGGGCAGGAGGUUGCCCGGGGUCCCGUCCUGGAGCUUGGGAACGUCACUGUGGGACAUUCGGGCACCUACCAGUGCGUGGCCACCAACCAGCUGGGACAGGACGGGCACCGCGUGUUCCAGGCACUCAGCCCCGAGCUGGCCCUGGAGGUGACACCACAAGGACACUGGAACACAGCAGUGGCCACAGGGGUUGGCGGGUCCUUUCUCUUCCUGGUCCUGCUCGUGGGUGGAGUUUUUGGCUGGCGCUGGUGGAACCACAUGGCUGCCAGGAAGCAGCAGGAAAGGGUCCCCCCGGAUCCCCCAGCCCCCCCAGAGGAGGGGGAGGUGCUGUACACCCACGUCGUGAGCACCAAGCAGAUGGGGGUGUCCCCCCGUGCCACCACACUCCAGGAUCCCCGGGUGACCUACGCAGAGCUGCGGGGACCCCACGGGCGACUGCAGGAACUCAGCGACAUCCACAGGAACAUGCUGUGACACUCGGGGCAAGGGUGGGCACUGGGGGACUCUGGGGGAACUGGGGGGCAGUGGAGGACCCCACCCAUGGGCAGCCACACAUGUGAGUCCCCCCCACUUCUCCCGUGGGUUCCCAACAUUCACAAGUAGGUGGGCACAAGUGGGGGUCACGUGUGGGGCUGCACAGGGCACCCAGAGCUCCCCAUGCCCCCAGAACCCCCAAGGCCUUCCCCACCCCCCCUUCCACAACCACCAGUGGCUCCCCAUUCCACAUCCAAGUGCUCUCAGUACCCUCACAGGCUUCCCCAUUCCCUCCCCACAGUGCUCCCAGUAGCCCCAGGGGCUCCCUAUUUCCCCUCCCAGUGCCUCUCCCUUGCUCCCAGUGGAUCCAGGUGUUUCCCAUUCUGUCUCCCAGCACCCCUGCACUCCCAGUGGCUCUGCAAUCCCCCUCUCAGCACUCCCAGUACACCCAUGGCUCCUCAUCUCUCCUCCCAGUGCCAGGGGAACACAGGACUCAUUUCCCUGUCAUUGGCACCAAAAUGCAGCUUUUUGGUUAA